AUGAGAACUUUUAAAAUAAUAGCUGUGUUUGCUAUUUUUCUUCUUGUCGAAGGAAAACAAAUUAAAAAGCGGCAAAUAGCAACAACUACAACAAAUUCUCGCAUGCGUUGCGUCUUGCUUCAAGUUUGUUCACCAGAAAUUCAACAGACUCAUUGCAUUCCGGGAACACCUGGAUGUAUUUCAACGCCACCAUUUUGUAUCCCUGGGUCACCAGGUUGUAAUUUGACACCACCUGUAUGUAUUCCUGGUACACCAGGCUGUCACUUGCCAUAUCAUUGCAUUCCUGGUACUCCAGGAUGCCAUUUGCCCCCAAUAUGUACACAAGGAACACAAAAUUGUGGGAGGACUGCUGUAAACUGUAUCGGUGGAUUUUGUACUGGCGGAGUAGGUUGCAUUUUAGGUACACCAGGAUGUCAAGUAGGAGGGUAUUCUCAUCAAUUUUUAAUACCACAACCACAACCGCAACCGCCAAUUUAUAUACAUCAGCAGCCUUGCCCAUCAAAUAAUCCACACUGUCUUAUUUAUCAACGAACUCCAUCUCAAGUAUUUGUUCAGCCGCCACAAGUAAUUACAAAGGACGUACCUUAUCCGGUACCUGAAAUUGUUAAUAGGGUGAACUAUGUUAAGCAAACAGUGCCACAACCAUACCCAGUUCCAAAUGUAGUUCAUGUUCCUGUAGACAGACAAGUAGUCAUUGAAAAGCCAGUUGUUAAAUAUGUGCCCCAAGAUGUGCCUGUCUACAGAGAUCGACAUGUUCCCCGGGAAGUUAUCCAACAUUAUCCAGUAACCGUUAUUGAAAGGGUAGACGUGCCUGUAAUCACUUAUGUGACUCGUCCUUCGACCGAAAUAGAGGAACAGGAAAUUGAAACUAAUAUUUCAAAUAAUACCAGCUCCAGUGAUUUGAAGAAUGACGCUAAUAAUAGAAACAUGGUCAAUGUAACAAUUUCUGUCAGCAACGUUAAUAUUAACAACGUAACAGGAGCAACAGAUCUACAAACUGACAUGAAAAACAGUGAACAAUCAUCAUCACAAAUAAGUCAAUCUACAGAGAAAAAAUGUUGUACGGUGGUAGGUCCUACUCGAUGUGAGGGCGGGAGUUAUUGUCGAAGGACGAGGUAUCAGAGAUGCGGUUCAUUUUGCGGAAACUCCAGAGUUAUUAUGCUAAAGCAAAGAACACAGCCAAUAUAUAUUCCUCAACCAGUUCCGGUACCUCAACCAUACCCAGUACCGAUGCCGAUGCCUCAUCCUGCACCAACUCCUGGUUCCAGAUGCUACGGUUUGAACUCUUAUCCAUAUUUCGACUGCAGGGGAUCAUGUUCUAGCUGUGCAGCAUCUGGGGGCAGUUGUAAUGCUAAUUGUUACUCCGACAGUUAUUCUGAUGAUUUUGUUGACUAUGAAUAUGAGGAAGACUAUUGCGAAACUCAUGGUGGACCAAUGUGUUAA